CGGCGGAUCAGCGGUCGGCAUGUUCGGCCUAUUAAUAACGGGCGUUUUCUUCAUUGGCGUGGUAGGAGGCCAACAGAAUGCAUCAGAUGCCUCUUUGUCGUCAGCUCAGGGUUAUGAAGGAUCGAAAGUUUUUUCUUCAGUCAUUGCCAACGACCGGAUAUAUCAUGAUUUCCUGGAACUCCGCAGCCAACGAAAGAUCGCUUUCUUGAACGAUCUGAUGAGGGAGAAGACUUCGACCCUUUAUUUCCUGGUGCUACAAGAAGACGUGGUGAUGGUGGGCGAGCGGUUGCAAGCACUCGGGAUUCCCUUCUACGUGGUUGAGGAGGAUCUCCAAUCCUUGCUCGCUCGUGAGAAUGGUGGUCCGCAAAUGUUCAGCAAUGGUCUUCUGGAGGAUGGACCUUUCGAUCUCAUCUCUUAUCCCUCGUACGCGCAAAUAUUAAAACACAUAGACUUCUACGUCAAAGAUCCGCUACGCGGCAAGCACGUCAGCAAAUUCAUAAUCGGGGAAAGCUAUCAGGGACGACCAAUCGUGGGAGUUAGGUUCAAUAGGGGACACUCCGAAGACAAGGCCGUGAUUUUUUUCGAAUGCGGAAUCCAUCCUCGAGAGUGGAUCUCGAUCACCACCUGUGCAUGGAUGAUCCACGAGUUUUCCUCCAAUGCUGCGAAAUAUCGUGACAUUCUCGACGUUUACGAAGUUCGCAUCGUGCCGUCCGCAAACCCAGACGGAUACGAAUACACCAAAACUCACCGAUUCUGGAGAGGGAACCUUAGACCCAGCGAGAAGAAUCCGCGAUGCAAGGGUGUAGACAUCAACAGAAACUUCGACGUCGGUGAAUUCUGCGGACCCGGAACGAGUCAAGAUCCUUGCAAUGAGGAAUACUGUGGAGAUUCCCCGUUCUCUGAGCCGGAGUCACAUGCAUUGAAGAACGCGAUCCUCGUAGUCCAGGACCGUCUUCAUUACUAUAUUUCGCUACACGCCUACGGUCAGUUAUGGAUGUACCCUCACUCAUACACGACUGAGGAUGCUAAGGAUCACGAACGAUUCCACCGUAAGGCGUCUGCCGGGGCUCGAGCCAUUCGCGAGAUGUCUGGGAAAAAUUACACUGUCGGACCGAUAGCGCAAACUCUGUAUGCUGUGACUGGGUCUUCCGUGGACUGGGCAUACGAACACGGUGCCCGCAAUGCAUUCGUGAUCGAGCUCCCUCCGACCCAAGCCGAGGCCCGAGGUGCGAUGGGAUUCAUUGUCAUGCCUGACAAGAUACAAUCCAUAGCCCAAUCAACAUUCCAUGGAAUCCGAGCUAUGAUCAAAUCUGAUUAAAGUCUGCUGGAA